AUGGUAAAAGCUCCCCAGAGUGAAGAGAGGCUGGCCAGAGGAGGAACGGGGAAUAACUCAGUUUUAGCCUGCGGAGCCCAGGCCUCUUGGAGCAUCUUUGGGGCUGACACAGCAGAGGUUCCGGGCACCCGCGGCCAGUCCUGCCAGAAGGCUGCCAUGCCCCACAUUCCCGAAGACGAGGAGCCCCCCGGAGAGCCACAGGCAGCUCAGAGCCCCACCGGCCAAGGCUCUCCCACCGCAGGAAUAUCUUGCAGUCCACCCACGAUCGUCCUGACUGGGGAUGCCAGUUCACCGGAAGGAGAAACUGACAAAAACCUGGCCAACAGAGCUCACAGUCCCCACCGGAGGCUUUCUCACCGACACUUGAAGGUUUCCACUGCUCCGCUGACUUCUGUGGACCCUGCGGGGCAUGUCAUUGACCUGGUAAAUGACCAGCUGCCAGACAUCAGCAUCUCAGAGGAGGACAAGAAGAAAAACCUGGCGCUGCUGGAGGAAGCCAAGUUGGUGAGUGAGCGAUUCCUGACCCGACGUGGGAGGAAGUCCAGGAGCAGCCCCGGAGACUCUCCGUCAGCUGUUUCCCCAAACCUCAGCCCCAGAGCUUCUCCUACAUCCUCUCGGAGCAACUCACUCACCAUCCCCACGCUGCCUGGUUUGGAUGCCUGCAGUGGCCCACAGCCCCCUCUGCCUGGAGCACCAGCACAGCAGAAGGGGGAUGAGGCCGAAGUCUCUUCACAUCACCUUGGCGAGCCUAAUAUCCCCAAAGGGCUAGCUGACCGGAAGCAAAAUGACCAGAGGAAAGUGUCUCAGGGCAGGCUGACUCCUCGCACUCCCACAGUUGAGAAGUCCAAAGAGAUUGCAAUAGAACAAAAGGAAAACUUUGAUCCCCUCCAGUGCCCUGAGGCCAUACCCAAGGGCCCAGCUUCUGGCUUAGGCAGUGUCGGGAAAAUGGCCCUGAACAGCCCCCAGCCUGGCCCUGCUGAGAAUGAGCUGGACAAGCCACUCCUGAAGACAGCCAGGGAGGGCAACCCUCUGCCCAGAAGUCCGGCCCAGGGCUCUGGAGGGGCAGCUCACCCGGCCCCCCAGGAAAAAGGCACAGCUGGAGAGCCAGGAGGGUCCAAGGUCGGCUCCAAAGCUGAGCUUCGGCCCCCUCCUUCCCGGCCACCCCUGCUUCGGGGGGUCUCCUGGGACAGCGGCCCUGAAGAACCUGGCCCGCGGCUGCAGCAAGUGCUUGCCAAGCUGCCCCUAGCCGAGGAAGAGAAGCGUUUUGCGGGCAAAGCUAGCAGCAAGCUGGCCAAGGUGCCUGGACUCAAAGACUUACAGAUACAAGUGCAGCCCGUGAGGAUGCAGAAACUGACCAAGCUCCGUGAGGAGCACAUCCUGAUGAGAAAUCAGAACUUAGUGGGGCUCAAGCUUCCAGAACUUAGUGAAGCGGCGGAGCAGGAAAAAGGGCUCCAUUCUGAACUCUCUCCAGCUAUUGAGGAAGAAGAGUCCAAGAGUGGCUUGGAUGUCAUGCCCAAUAUUUCUGACGUGCUGCUGCGCAAACUGCGGGUCCACAAGUCUCUCCCUGGAAGUGCCCCUCCGCUCACUGAAAAGGAAGUUGAGAACGUGUUUGUACAACUGUCCUUGGCCUUUAGAAAUGACAGCUACACCCUGGAAUCUAGAAUUAACCAGGCUGAAAGGGAACGCAACCUGACAGAAGAGGAUACUGAGAAGGAACUGGAAAACUUCAAAACUUCCAUUAUGUCUUCAGCUUCACUCUGGCACCACUGUGAGCACCGGGAGACCUACCAGAAGCUGCUGGAGGACAUCGCUGUCCUGCACCGCCUGGCUGCCCGCCUCUCCAGCCGCGCUGAGAUGGUGGGGGCCAUCCGCCAGGAAAAGCGCAUGUCAAAGGCAACAGAGGUGAUGAUGCAGUACGUGGAGAACCUGAAGAGGACGUAUGAGAAGGACCAUGCAGAGCUCAUGGAAUUUAAAAAACUGGCGAAUCAGAAUUCAAGCCGCAGUUGCGGUCCCUCUGAAGACGGGGUCCCUCGCACAGCGCGGUCCAUGUCCCUCUCUCUGGGAAAGAACAUGCCCCGCCGGAGGGUCAGCGUUGCUGUGGUUCCCAAGUUUAAUGCCCUGAACCUGCCCAGUCAGCCUCCAAGCUCAUCACCCAUCCCCUCCUUACCUGCCCUGUCAGAAUCGUCCAGUGGGAAAGGCAAUCUACCUGUUGUCACCUCAGCACUGCCUGCACUUUUGGAAAAUGGAAAAACAAAUGGGGACCCAGAUUGUGAAGCUUCUGCUCCCACACCAACCCCGAGCUGCCUGGAGAUUAGCCAGGAGACCAAGGCCAAGAUGGAGGAAGAAGCGUACAACAAGAGAUACCAGGAAGAUCUAAAGAAGAUCCAAGAGUUUAAAGGCCUAAAGGAGGAGGAAGAAGAACAGAAGAGUGAGGGUCCUGAGGAACCUGAAGAGGCAGAAGAAAGUGAAGAAGAGGGAAAGGACCAGAGAAGCAGCAAACUUGAAGAAUUGGUUCAUUUCUUACAAGUCCUGUAUCCCAAACUGUGUCAGCACUGGCAAGUCAUCUGGAUGAUGGCCGCAGCAAUGCUGGUCUUGACUGUGGUCUUGGGGCUGUACAAUUCCUAUAACUCUUGUGUGGAGCAGCCCGAUGGGCCCCUUGGAAGAUCCACUUGCUCAGCAGCCCAGAGGGACUCCUGGUGGAGCUCAGGACUCCAGCAUGAGCAGCCUACAGAGCAGUAGGAAACCUGACAUCCAGCCAGUACUCUGCUCCUGCACACAGCCCAUCACCCUUUCCCCCAGUUAUAGUGCUGUCAGGCCCAGGUGUGAGCACGCUGCCACCGGUCCAUCAGAGAAUGAGCAGGAGUUCUUUCACAAUCAGCUCCCCUGUGGGAGCUCUUCAUACAUGGUAACUGAUGUUCUCGGAGGAUCAACAAAACUUUCCUGGGAAAGCAGCAGUAGAUGAAGAAGUCACCUUCACCAAGGAACUCCAGUAGAAGGGAAGGUCGCCUGCCUUGGCUCACUGCAGGGGACAGUGAAAAGCUCACUCUUCCAUUUCCCCUUUGCAAUAGAAAAUCAGGAAGAAUUGUGCCUAAAGGCCAACUCCAACCCCAAGGAACAGGCCUGGAAUUAGGAGUCACGACGUCAAUAUCUUCCCAUUUCCUAUCUCGUUCUCACUGACUCUCUUUCUGCCCCUUUGGAACAGAGU